AUGUUCCAAUGGCCGAUAUUUUACUCUAGCGAGGGAGAAUGCUUAGCCGAAGUUGGCAUUCUGGCUACGAACCACUUUGGCGUACCCAAACAGCUGGCGAGCCCAGGGCUGACGCUGCCCUUGUUUGACGGCGAUGAGGUUGCUAAAUUGUUAACACGAUUUCUACGACUUGUCCACGUCAUGAAUCCAAUACUGGACUGUACUACCUUGAUGCGCCAUGGGAGAGUCGUUGCAGAGCUUGGUCUGCAGUGGGAUGCGAAAACGUGCCUUGUGCUCAUGGCCAUGGCCUUGGGCUGUAUUGCCAAGCCCUUCGAAACGAGACUCGAGCCCUUGGAACUAGUUUCGUGUUCGGUGUCAAAGGACGACGAGAAACCGCGGCAACAAGCUGAGCUAUACCAGCAGUAUGCGCUCAGACGUAUUGGGAUACUUGGAGGGAGUCUCACAGCGUGCCAAUGUCAUUUUCUAAAUGGCAUAUACCUGCUGUAUACCUUCCGGCCGGUACAAGCCUGGCAGGCAUUCUUCCACGCCUCUUCUUUAUAUACAGUGUACCUGAAAAGCCGAGCUGCAGCGCAGCAGAUUGGAGCGGGACAUUACCACGAUGAUUUUCUGGUUGGGGAUGAGCGCUUCUCCAGCGAGGAACUGCGGUGUGGUCUAGAACAGAGACUGUACUGGAGCUGCAUCAAGUCUGAGAACGAAAUCUGCACCGAGGUAGAUUUACCCAGAUCCGACUUGUGCAAGGUAGAGUAUCCGUACCAAUUUCCGUCGCCGCCAACGCCCAAGAGUGUUGAUGGCUUACACGACACCCAAGACAUGAAUACAGUCGGCAUGCUCGCCCCAACUGUCUUAUUAUCCGUCGAUGAUGCGACGGAAAAGCGAGGUUUCAAAACCGUCCACGAGCACUCGUGGUUCUACUACCUGUCAAACAUUGCGCUGCUUCGCAUUUCUAGCCGCGUAGACCACGAGUUUUACACCAAGCCCCCCUCGCUGUGGGCGAGUAUGAAUCUUCUUGACAUGGCAAAUACAGCGUGGGACCUGGAGAAGCAGUUGCUACAGUGGCAGCACACUCUGCCUUCUUCCAUGUCGUGCUUUAGCCCUGGUGCUCAGUCUGAAUUCUCUCCAUACACUUGGGCUACAGCGCCGGCAUGCCGGCGCAUGGUUUAG